AUGGAAAUACAAGCUGCAGCAUCGGCAUUAACAAAUUCAACUAACCCCAUACAAUUACAACAAAUUCAGCAAUCUUAUGGCCUAUUUGCUAUUAUUACUAUGAUUUGUGGUAUUAUUGGAAUUAUAUUUCAAACAUGGACUAUUGUUACUGUUUGGUAUAUUAAACGAAUGCACGUAGCAUCAUUUAUAUUAAUAGCUAACUUAGCUGUUGCUGAUCUUUUAUAUAGCCUUUCGUUAUUAUUUUUCGGUAUCUUACAAUUUAUUUACAUUAAAAUAUCAUUACCGAUAUUAGUUAUGUCUGUUAACUGCCAUAUUUCCUUUUUCUUAAUUGGUACAAAUUAUGGUACCUCCAUAGUUACAUUAACUUUUAUAAGCUAUGAUCGCUACAAAAGAAUUAUAACUCCGUUGUCGAAUGAAAGAAGUCAUAAUCGAAGAAUUAAAUAUUACAUUAUUUUAUCAUGGCUUCUUGGUACAAUUGUUGGAGUAUUAAUAUCGGUGACAACUAUCGUAGACCCUUAUUUCCCAUUUACUUGUGAUUUAUCAUACAAACUAGGUUUAGUCAGUGUUCAAGUUAUUUAUACCAUGAUCAUAAUUAUCUUUUAUCUCUUACCAAUCAUUGUGAUUUUAAUUUUCUACUGCCAAGUCAUCAGUAAAUUAAAAAAUAUGACUCGACCUGGAGUAAGUACACAAGAACAACGGCGAGCUUAUAAGGAAAUGAGAAAAUCAGCAAUACGUUUAAUAAUUGGUAUUACAGUCAUUUUUAUCUUAGCAACGUGGCCAUAUUGGGCUACAACAUUAGGUCUCAUCUAUACUGGUGCCAAUUUUAUGUCAUUAAGAGCAAGUGGUAAAAUUUUUGAAGGAACUAUUGCAGGAUUUUCUACCGUGCCCAUCAUGUUAACUGCUUUUAUCAAUCCAAUUGUUUAUCUUAUUUUUAAUAAAAGUCUUCGUCAAGACAUGAUAGCGACAUGCUGUCGUCGUCAACAUCAAGAUGCCAUGCACCUAUCAAUGAGUAACUUGGAAAACAGCAACUUUAUCCACACAAAUCACAUCAGCAUCAAUAUUACUAAAGCAGUGAAUGAAAAAUCUUUUGAUAAAGGGUAUAAUUACCUUACUUAUAAUAAACAACACUAA